AUGUUGAAUUUGAAUCCAGAAGAUUUUAUGCCUAGGAAGUCUAGAGGCUGUAAACCUUCAAAUGCAUUUAUAAUAUAUCGCAAAAUAUAUGUUAAAACGCUUUUGGCGGAAGAAUUGCACUACAAGAUGACGGAAGCUUCGCGAUGGGCUUCGGAAUCUUGGAGCAUUGAAAGAGAAGAGUUAAAGGACGAAUAUCGAGAGUUUGCAAAGAAAGUAAGCAAGAUCUACCGCAAGAGGGCCCAAGAUUUGGACGCUUCGCGUGUUCCUCCCACCAUUUUGCCAUUGCAACCGAAUAGAUCAUCUAAUGAUAUUACUGCAACGAGUGAUAAUAUUAUCGAAAGCGAUCCAUCUCAAUACCCAAAUCAAACCCUUCCUUAUCCUAUGGAGACACCAAAACUAUCCUUUGACGCGCCUUAUCAAGAACAACCACCAAUUUUACCAAGCUUUCACGAAACUCCAUUAAUUCGACAUGACAUUUACUUCACAUCUCCAUUUACGCAAUGUGAGGUUUGUAAUUUUCCGUUUGAAUGCAUUUGUACGGGAGCGGAAGGAAAUGAUGACACAACGCAAGAUGUCCCCGCCUACAAUUGGCAGGGCAUUUAUGAUGGCAAUAUCGAUAUGAAUAUGGACGACUUUUAA